AUUCCCAACCACUCACGUACACACACACCAACUUGGUCAAACAACACUUUGUCCCUUCUCACCUCGCCUCAUUCAUUUAUAUUCCCUCCUUCACUCUCUCUCUCUCUCUCUCACUCAGUGCGUGGACAUAGACAUGGGUCGAUCCCCUUGCUGUGAGAAGGAGCACACCAACAAAGGGGCUUGGACCAAAGAAGAAGAUGAGCGCCUCAUCAAGCAUAUCAAACUCCACGGUGAAGGCUGCUGGAGAUCCCUUCCCAAAGCAGCUGGUUUGUUGAGAUGCGGCAAAAGCUGCAGGCUUCGAUGGAUAAACUACCUCAGGCCUGAUCUCAAGAGAGGAAAUUUCACCGAGGAAGAAGACGAGCUCAUCAUCAGCCUUCACAGUUUGCUCGGCAACAAAUGGUCUCUUAUUGCUGCCCGCUUACCCGGAAGAACGGACAACGAGAUCAAGAACUAUUGGAACACUCAUAUCAAACGAAAACUCAUGAGCCGCGGCAUCGACCCCCAAACCCACAGGCUCCUCAAUCCCCACAACCAAAACCCUAGAAUUGUGUCCAUGCACACAGACGAUGCCAUGAUGAUGAGAAACGACGUCGGUUUCAAAGUUAUUGCAGCUGCGGAUCGUGCUCAUGUUUUGUGUGAUGAACAAAUCAACUUGGAUCUUUCCAUCAGACCUCCUCAUCUCUACUGAAUUGAAGCAGACACAGUUUUUUGGUAUGGGAUGGGGUGUUGGCGCCGAUCAAUCAUCAUUAAUUAAUCCAACUGCUACUCAAUCUGCGCUUAAUUAGUGGUUGUCAAUGUGUAACUCUGCAUCUAUAUACAUGUAUGAGUGUACGUAUAGAUGUGCAGGUAUUUGUAUGGACCCAUGAGGAGUAACUUGUUACUUCAUUUUUUAGUGAUUUCAGAUGAUGUUAUUUUUCUUGAA